UAUAAAAGUCGUGUCUUCUCCCACGCAUUCAUUCCUUCGGAAGCGCAUCAGCAACAUGAAGAUUGUUAUUGCAACUGUUGUUCUCGGGGUUGUGAUGGGAGUGACCUGCGCCUUCUCUACCCCAGAGAAGCCUCAGUCUGUGGUCCAAACUGAUACGAAGGAAGAUAAAAUCAGCAGGCAAGAUGGCAAAUUUCCUGCUCUUGGCAAAAGGAGCAAUGAAAAGAAGACCGGAGAAAGCCUUGCUCAUGACGAUGACGAAAUCAACGACCAUGGCAGACUCCAUAAUUCCUUCAGUCAGGAAGUAGAAGCCCAACUCAGUUUAGAAUCCUUUGAGAGCGAUGAAGCUGAUAAGGACUCAGGUAAUCUUAAUCUCAAAAGCAACCAUCACAAUAAGAAUAAACGAAGGCAUUUCUGAGGGAAAAGAUGCCUGUCAACCAUGAUUACGAUGGCGACAGCAUGGCAACCACGAGGAUGACAACGGCAAUGCUAAGGAUGAACGACCAUAUGCGUAUACACUGAUGUUUAUAUUUAUAUACCGAUAUAUACAUGUGUAUACAUACGUACUUAUGGAAAAUGAAAAUUAAAUAUAGUCUCGAAACAAUAGAAAGAAAAUCAUACAAUCCGUCAAAUAAUAAUCCUAAUAAUGAAUAAUUGAUAUACUAGGAAAUGAUAAAUAAUUAUUACAUUAAUUGAUAACCAUAAGCAAUGUUAGUUCUGAUUUUAUGUAAACAUAGAGAGCGAGCCAUUGCCUGUGUUAUUGUCAUUAUUGUACACGGCCAAUAUGCAGCCAAUUAAUAAUGGUAUUUCACAGGGAAGAUGAAUAAAGAAAUUAAUGCAUGCA